UCUUAAAAUACAGUAUAAUAUAUAAGCAUUUAUCGAAGCAGAAACAUUGAUUUUAACAUCUUCUGAGAUUUGAGGAAGAUAUCGUUUUACAGAGAUACAUUUGUAAAAGCGACAACAUGAGUGUUGAUUUGGAAGAACUUUCAAAUGACACAAACUUAAUUAAUAAAUUGCAACAAUUCAGUGAUGCUGCUUUUAAAAUACAGGAUAUGGUGGAAUUAGUUAAUAAUCCAGCAUUAUAUGACAAGCUUUCGAGACCAGAUAAAAUUAAAUAUAAUUUGUUGCUAUCCUUCAGCCUUAACAGUUUAUUCUGGAUGUAUCUACGUGCUGAAGGAAUUGAUCCAUCAAAGCAUCCAAUUAAAUUACAAAACGAGCGACUGAAGAAAGCGAUGCUACGAGCAAAACAAAUUGAAGAUAGAAAUACACUUAUGCCACAUAUAAACAAAGAAGCUGCUAAGAGAUUUGUUAGGAGUGGCCUAUGGGAACCAAAACAGAAGAGGCUCAAAAAAAAUGAUGAGAAGCAACCUGAACAGUCGUAGAAUUACUUACAUAAGUUGCUACGUAUAUAAAUAAGUUCUAGUUGCUACCUAUGUAAAUAAGUUCUGUUAUAUAUUUUUGCAUUUAUGGAAUAAAGAAUUUAGGUGUUUUCUACA